AAUGAAAUCCGCUUAUAUUUGCAUAGGAAAGAGAAGCCAAAGCUCAUUUUCUUUCUCUGGCAGCUUAGACAUAGCACAAUCACAAGCUCCAUUCUAGGGUUUCGCUUUUUACGUCGUCUUCACCACUAACGCUAAUUUCAUGUGAUCAAUGCGUGGAGGUGUUACCAAGUUCAGUCAAACUGUCAAAGUAGCUGGUGUAAAUGGGUUUCCAAUGGCAUUUGAUCCUUCCACAGGAGCAAUAUGAGAUAUUUAGCACACUAAUCAAUUCAAUAUUGAAUAGUUUUGAAGUGGAGAAAUUUUCAAUAUAUUCUGGGAUAGCAGAGUAAUAAAUAAACCAUUGACUAGUUCAAGAAAGGGAAAGGAUGUUCCACCUCAUGAAUUAUGUUUUACUAGAUACACCAGUGCCCAUUUGACAUCAAGAACAAAUAUUGAAGAAAAUCAAUGGAAUACACACUGUAGAUUUGAUCUACUUUUGGAGUGGCCAAUGGUUGAGUGUUUUGAAAUAUUUAUGAGAUGGAUUAAAUCUUAUAAAUUUGGUUAUAUUUCUAGUCAGUGUGGGAUUUCCAAGAGUUGUAAAGAUGCUAUACCAUUUCCAUCUUCAUGGCUUUUGGAGAAUAGACACAGCCUUUGGAAGAUUCUUUAGAAGAGCUAGAGUCUUAUAUUUGCUUAUUUGAAGAUUGAAAUAUCUUGAAAUGGAUUUGACAUCAAUUUUGAGGCCUUGGCAGAUGUUCUCUCUAAUUAUUGAAUCAGUUAGUUACAGAUGACCAAGAAGACUAUUUCUAAAAGAUUAAUAAUAGAUCAUUAAGAAAUGGUCAGGCUGUAUCUGACAUAUUACACAAGGAAGACUUGAUGGUAUAAGCAAACAUUAUAGAGCCUUACUAGGUGUUUGUCACAUCUAAGUGAUAGUUAGUCGAAUAUGGUUGAAAUUUUUUUCUUAAUGCAACCAUAUAAGUGUAUCCUUUCCUUAGGAUUUGACAUAACCCGAUAGGUAAUUCAUUUAACCUCCACGCAUCUUCCAUACCAUCAAUUAUCCUGAUUAUCAUUUCCUCUUGACUUUGACCACCACUGUCAAUGUUUGCUCUUUAAAUUUUUCUUUAUCGUUAAUUUGGUGUCAUGGGAGAAGACUUACAUCUUCGAGUUACCUGACUGGCAGUUAAAAGGUUACUUGACCUCUUGACCAGAUAUCAUAUAUUGAUUUAUCCUCUGAAAAUUGUGAUAAAUUCAUUUUCAACCCUUACCUUUCAUAUAUACCAAGCACAUUCUACUAUGUGAUUUGAAAAACACCUAUACCUUCAUUUUUUCUGCUGGUAUAAAAUGGUUUGGCUGUUCCUUUGGUUGAUUAAUCUAAUCUGGGUAUGGCACUUUGGAGGUCUUGGUACUAAGAUUAACAGACAAUACCCUACAUCCUCAAAAAUGAUAUGCUGUUUUUAGUAAUCUUUAUUUAGAAGAUAGAAAGAAGAUAUCUAAGCAACUUGUGGAGAAUUUCCAAUUCCAAGUCAGAUCAAGAGGAUUUGCCUAUACAACUGAAUUGUUUCUGUAGUCAAUUAUUUCCAGAUGAAGUGCUGGAAUUUUCAGCAAGUGGUUUCUGUUUCAAAGAUUUUUGGGAUUAGAUAAUUUUGCUUCUUUUCAGCUCAUGUUUCUUUGAUUGAUGCUUCUUAUGUUUCCUUUUUCCAUGUUUGUUGGAGGAUUUGGAUCCUCCUGUCUCGUACUCUUUUCUAAUGAUUCAUUUCUGUUGAAAAUGAUCACUUAUACAUGUCUUGAACGGUUCAUUUGAAGUUAGACUAAUACGCUUAUUAACUCUUCCCACCACUUAGAUGGACCUCUGGGAACACCCUUAAGGGGCCUGGGGCAGAUGGAAGAUAGUUAGAUUCGGACUGUUAUUAACUCUUCCAACUGAACACAUUUGUACAAUAUAUGCUCUGUCAACAGAACUUAAACGCUCUGGCUUGAUACUUACUGUUUUACAUACAAUGGACGUCUUUCAUUACUUUAUAAUUUCGCUCUUUCAUGUCUCCUAGCUUGUUGUAUUAAUUUAAUGAAGAAAAACAUAGUAGAAGGUUGAGGAUAUAAUCCUAGGAUUCUUGUGAUUUAUAUGUUUUGUUAAUUCAGAGAACACUGCAUUUGUCAAAGUGAAGCAUUACAGUUUUGGUAAGUGAGAUGAGUGGAAGUGGCAAAAAGCGCUCUUCAAAGUGGGAUUUGAGAGUUGAUCCUGAAUUUUCACCUGAUGCUAGUAAGCAAUUACGGCCUGGGUGGUCCUCUGCAGAUGUUGCUGGUAGCAAUAGUUCGAAGUGGUCGUAUUUGGAAGGAAGUGAUCAAUUAAAGCCUGAUAUGGGAUUUUCAUCCAAGGAACCUUUUUCUGGAGGCCGAAGUUCACAUAAGGACGAUGUUAUGAAUAAAGACUAUGGAUGUUUGGAUGCAACAAUGGAAUGGGAUGAGGAUGGUUACAACAAGAAAAUUUCUCCUGAAUCGGAGGAAUGGAAACCUAAGAGACAUAGUCAAUCUCCUAAAAAUGGUUGGAGCAGGUCAGUCAGGAGUCGAAGCAGGAGCCCUCCUCAUGGUUUUAGGUGGGAUUCAGGAGUCAGUGACAGAAAUAGAAUGCGGGCUGGUGGAUCGGCACAACCAUGUAGAGACUUUGCUGCUGGUAAAUGCAGAAGAGGUAGCCAUUGCCACUUUCUUCAUGAUAGUCAAAAUCUUGAGGAUAGUUGGGAAAAUAAGAGCAGGAAAGAUGGAGCUCCUAGAUAUUCUGUUCCCCAAGAUGGUAGAGACUAUUCUCUCAAGAGUGGCAGAUCUAAUGAAGCUUGUACUAAUUUUGCAAAGGGAAGGUGUAGAAUGGGAGCAUCAUGCAAGUUUUUGCAUCAUGACAAUUCUGAUGGACAUGGUAAAGUUUCUGUGGAUGAAUUAAAUAGAGAGAGGGAUAUUGAUAGAAGGCACAGAGAUAGUUCUUUUGAGCAGGGAGGCGGACAUGGACCAAAUCGAAGUAGUGAUACUCUUUGCAAAUUUUUUGCCAAUGGAAAUUGUCGAAAUGGUAAAUAUUGUAGGUUUUCUCAUGAUAGGCAAGCAUGUAGGAGCCCUAAUAGAAGAUUAAGAGAUGAUAGGUGGGCAAGCAAUCCUGGGGGAGAUCAUCAUAGGAUGGAUAGACCGAAAUUGAGUGAUUCAGAUAGUCCUAAUAGAAGGCCCAGGGAUGAUAGGUGGGGUUCAGAUGGUAACAAGGCUGAUGCAGAUGAAGUUUGGGACAGUCCAAAGUGGAAUGAUACAGUUGCUGUAUCUGAUUCAGGAAAGCUGGUUGAGGGCAAAAGUGAAAAUGUUGGUGCCACAGAGCCAGGAUUCACUUCGUUACCUAUAAGGUAUGGAUGGAGUCAUAGUUUGGAUAAGAGCAGAGUGCAUGAUGAGCAGCCUUUUUCAAGUGAUAAGAAGGAAGUUAACAGUUGGGUAUCAGGAAGUACUGCCAGCAACAUUGUUUCCCAGUCAAUAGGUACAGACAUUUGGUUGGGUGAUACGAAAAUGUCUCCUGAUUGGCAUUACAGGGUUGGAUCUUCCAACACCAUUGAAGAAAAAAAGCAUGAACAAAAUAAGCGUGGGGUAAAACAAGGUGGUAUGUAUUUAGCCACCUCUGAACGUGACAGAAUACAAAUUGCUGCAGCACAAGGCACUAAUCAGAAUGCAGAGAGUUUGAAUCCUUUGCAUUCUUCUGGCUUGCAAACAGUUGGACAAAGGCAGGCCCCAGUUCCGAUUCUACCUUCAAAGAGAGGAAUUGUUGAUGGUAUGCCAAACCAGGAAGUCUCCACUGAGAAAAAAUACACUGCUGAACCAAAUAUUAUGGAUGCUGGCUUAUCACAAGUUAGUUCAAGAAAUCCUCCUCCCACUGAGAAUCUGGUAGGCCAAGAACAGCUUGCUCAGCUUACCAAUCUCUCAGCCUCUCUGGCCCAUAUCCUUGGGACAGGGCAACAGCUACCGCAACUUUAUGCUGCUUUAAAUUCUCACUAUGCCAAGGACACAUCCUCCCUAGCAAAAGCUGAGGUGUCUGCUGUGCCUGUUUCCAAUACAUUCAUCCGGUCUGAUCCUGCUGUGCCUGUUUCCAAUACAUUCAUCCACCCUGAUCCUGCUGUUGGACUUCUGAAGCAGUAUGACCCAAUGUGUGAUAGUGUUGAGCCAAAGAGUGCUGCUGCAAGUGGGUUACCCCCAUCCAUUCCUCCAAGUAAAAGAGUUGCAGAAGAUGUUCUGGAAAUUCCAUCACAGUUGUCCAACACAUCAAAACAAAACCAUGGUGAUUCUUCCAAGGCUGCUGGCCCAGAAGAACUAGUCAAGAGUGAUCCUCUAGUCCAGUUGCAAUCAAGUCAAAACACUGAAUUUGGUAAGGAUGAUAACAAGGAAGUGUUACCUGACGAAAGACACAAAUCUCGAGAUGAUCCUAAAAGUACCAAAGAGAAUGGUCCUUUGGAAAACAUGGAGCAAACUGGAGGUCCUGAUGAGGCCAAGAAAACAAAGGAUUUGAAGGGGAUUCGUGCGUUUAAAUUUGCACUGGUUGAGUUUGUUAAGGAGCUGCUGAAACCAACAUGGAAAGAAGGUCAAAUCACCAAAGAUGAUUAUAAAACAAUCGUGAAGAAAGUUGUUGAUAAAGUAACUGGUUCCAUGCAGGGGGCCAAUAUUCCUCAGACACAAGAGAAAAUUGACAACUAUUUGUCAUUUUCAAAACCAAAGCUUAAUAAACUUGUACAGGCGUAUGUGGAAAAGGUUCAGAAGGCUUAGUGCAACUAUUUUAAUUUGACUGUCAACUCUAUCGUUUAUAUUUGACUCAGAAUUGUUGUCUGAAAUAUGUAUACUGCUUCUUUUUACCUCAGGUGUUUUUUUUUGUCUUAGCCAUCUGUUUGCUUACUUUAGUUCUCUGCUGCUCUUCCGUACACAAUCUGAGAGCAUUUUUUAGGCCUUUAAUUUUAUUUCGGGGAAAAAUUAUUGGGUGUUUGUGCCGUAAGAAGUUGGUUCGUAACUCAAUAGUUAGACAGUCAUGUGUUAUAAAAUUUAUUUUGCUGGUUUAAUGUAAUUACAAGAGACAGUUGUAUGCUUUUCAGAA